AUGAGUAGCCCAUGUUGUGUUGAUCCUGGUGCAAAACAAACGCACGAGGCACAAGGCCAUGAAGAACAGAUAGCAGGAGUGAAUACUUACAAAACAGGUCAAGGCAAAUCAGCUAUCGUGAUUUUUACUGACGUAUUUGGUUAUUCUUUUAUUAAUGUACGCAAAGUAGCCGAUAGUUUUGCUCAAGGUGCUGAAACAACAGUUUUAAUUCCUGAUUAUUUUAAUGGUGAUCCAAUGGAUCCAGAUCAUCCUAAUUUAUGGGAUGCAUUACCUGGUUGGUUACAGAAACAUCCUCCAACGGAUGCAUGUGCUGUUGCUGAAAAAUUUAUUACGACUAUCAAAGGAAAUUAUGAAUCGAUUCAAGUAAUUGGUUUUUGUUAUGGUGCUAAAGUAGUUGUUCAUUUAAUAACGCAUCCCGAAUUUUCGUCUACAGUGAAAGCGUCAGUUGUAGCACAUCCAUCAUUUCUAGUAAAAGAAGAAGCUAAACAAAUCAAACGACCUAUUUUAUUUUUAUGUGCUGAAAAUGAUUCUCUUUUUACUCCGGAACUUCGACAAGAAUUUGAAAAUGAAUUAAAAUCAAAUGGUCUCGGAACAUUUCUUGAAUAUCCCGGAACAGUUCAUGGAUUCGUUAUUCGACCAGAUGGUUCUGAACAAGCUAGUCAACAAAAAGAUAAAGCUGUUCAAGAUGCUAUUGGCUAUUUCAAAAAGAAUCUUUAA